AUGUCGCCACCACAGCGCGCCGGACGAGAUGGCGAUGCACACGGAAACACUGACCCAGAGUCUCAACUCAACGAGCCCUACAGCCAUGGCAAGCCGAAAAUCGACAACGACAAGGCUCAUCUCCAGCCCACGCGAUGGUGGUUCCUCUCCUCUGUCUUCCCCAUGGUUGCUGGUACGCUAGGCCCCGUAGCCUCAGCGUUCAGUAUCUGUGCUUUGGUUGCGCCAUGGAGGCAGAAGCUUGUUUCAGAGGAUCCCGACGAGGCCAUCUACGUCGGUGAUCCUGUAUGGCUUACGGCGAUCAACGCUGUCCAGCUGGCGAUUGCCCUGAUAUCCAAUCUGUUCCUACUCUUCAACAUGGCAAGACGAAUUCGUUUCGGCAUUGCACAGCCCAUUACCAUAGUCGGAUGGUAUUUCUCAGCCAUUGUAUUGGUUUGCCUGCUUUGCACUGGUGCCGGACCUCUCACUGAAGACCUCGAUUUUCCGAAAGAUGAUCUCAUAUGGUCUCAAUCGUUUUACUACGGCAUAUGGGCAGCCAUUCUCUACUUCAUCAUUGCAACCAUCAUGAGCAUCACCUUUUGGGGUGCCUUAAAAGGCCACUACCCCAAGGACUUCAUCCUCACCAUGAGCCAACGCACGCUCAUGCUGCAGACAAUCUCACUGCUCCUUUAUCUCCACGUCGGUGCCCUCGUCUUCAGCAAAAUCGAAGGAUGGGGAUAUCUCGACACUGUGUACUGGGCAGACGUCACUCUUUUCACCGUUGGGUUCGGCGACUUUACCCCGACGACAAACCUCGGAAGGGCGUUGAUGAUUCCAUACGCUAUCGUCGGGAUCAUAAGCCUAGGUUUGGUCAUUGGGUCUGUGAGAAACUUGACAAUGGAUGGCGGCAAGCGCAGGGUUCUAGCACGAAUGGAGGAAAAGAGGAGGAGGAGAACUCUUCGAACCAUUGCUCGAAGAGGGAACGACGACAUCCUCGAGCCUAUCGAAGACGGGGUCGACCUGCCACGUGAGCCCACGGAUAAGAGUCUAAGCAACGAAUACGAGCGGCGCAAAGCAGAAUUUGCCCUCAUGCGCAAAAUACAAGCCAUGACCUCCACGCGAAGAAAAUGGAUGGCCCUAGGCAUAUCUGCCUUUGUUUGGUUGGUAUUCUGGAUGGUGGGCGCCGUGGUCUUCAUGCACGCAGAGAAGCGCUGGCAAGACUGGUCAUACUUUGACUCUUUUUAUUUCUGUUUUAUUGCAUAUACAACCAUCGGCUACGGCGACUUUACCCCAGUUUCCAACGCCGGGAAAGCCUUCUUCGUGUUCUGGUCUCUCAUGGCGCUACCGACCAUCACGGUGCUCAUCUCGCAUGCAGGGGACACUGUGGUAAAGAUCAUUCGCGACAGCACUAUCCGGCUAGGCAAUGUUACUAUUCUUCCGGGCGAAGAGGAUUACAUGGCGAGUUUCAAGCAUCUAAUCAGCAGAAUGACUCUCGGCAAGUUUUUCCAUACCCAUUACGACACCGAAACCCCCUUAGUUGUGGACUCGAAGAGACACCACCUUCAGAGGUUGGCUAGCGUGAUGGAAGAGCUUAAUGAAGAUGAUCUCUCAGAACAAGAGAGAGAAGAUGCGGAAGAGUCUGAAAGGGAUGAGCAGGAGGAGUUGAGAGGCCGUCCAAAGCAACCGCGCCGUGAAUCGCACGCAUCGAGCUUCACCACCAAAGUUCGACGUUCGCUCUCCAAGCUUCGCAAUGCGGAGCACAAGCUUCCCACCGGGGCUGACUUUCAUUUCUUGCUCAUCUCCGAGAUUCGAGCAGUUGCCAAGCACUUGAAGGAGUCGAAAACUCACAACUACAGCUUUGACGAAUGGGCGUGGUAUCUGAAGCUGAUUGGCGAGGACGAGCACAACCCGCAAACGCACGGCAAGGCGAAGGUGAAGGGGACCAACCAGGGCAGCUCAGACACCACAGAGUCUGCCAGUGGGGAGGUUUCGAAAUGGUCGUGGGUUGGCCAUCGGAAUCCUCUGAUGGGCAGCCAGGGGGAGAGCGAAUGGAUACUGGAAAAGCUGGUGGAGAGGCUACAGGAGUGUUUGUCGGCGGAGAGUCGGCGGCAGAGGAAAAAGCACAAAGAACAUUGA